UAUUAACUGGUGGAGUCUAUUACCCACCAUACUUACCCAAGGGUAGAUUGGCAUUCAGCAAUUUUUCAGGACCAGGCACUAAUACACCUUAUUUACCUGACCUUAAUGAAAAGUCAACCCCACUAUUGCAAAUGAGGAGUGAACAUUUAAUUAAUGACACCUUGUUGUACACUAUCAAGGCAGAAAUAAAUAAUGUUUGCAAUACCCAUCCUAAUAUGUGUUCAUUAGCUGUGCCAAAAGGGUGUACACAUGAUCAACAACAUGUUAAGAGCAUAGCUGGUCUUUGUAGUACAAAAAAUAUAGCCGUUUUUAUGGAAGAAAAACAUCUAUCCAAUAAUUACAUGUUUUCUGCUGUAACUCAGAAUGUAUCAUUUCCAACUUCAACUGAAAGUAACUUGAUAGAACUCCUUCUAAAUAAAACAGACAAUCUGGCAUGUUCAAUUCCAAGUGAAACCCAAAGUGACCAUUAUAAUAAAAUAUCUUCCCUGGAAUCAGCCAGCUCAAGCACUCUUUCAUUGUUUGAUGAAAAUACAGAAAAUACUACUCAGUUAAACUUAAAAAGCGACCAAAUUGUACCCAGUGAUUUCAUUGAAAACAAUCAAAUGGCAUUAAAUUUGCCUACACAUGAAGUCAUGCAGAGUAAGUUUGAAACAAGUAAGAACUAUACAAUACAAACAGCUUCCAUGAUAACAAAUAGUGACAAAGAUCUCAGUGGACAAAACAGUACACUAAAGCCAUGUGGUUUGAUUGAAAUAACAACACAAAAUAAAAUUGUGUUAUCAUUGGUGAAUAAAAUUGCACUAAAUGAUUUUGACGGCAUUCCUUCCAAAAUUCUUAGUUUAUUACAACCUUCCCCAAGUAAUAGCAAUACAACAGGAAUUGAAAGCUACUCUGAUGUUGGGAACAGGAAUCAGUUCUCCUCACCUUUGGAGUCAAAAUUUGUAGAUAGCCCAAAAAACACAACACAAAUAAAUAUUUCUCACAAAACUGUAGAUUGUAAAUUAGUAUCCAAAGAAUCAAAUGCAGUUCUAAAUAUGCGUGACUCUGCUAUAAGUAAUAUUUUAAAUGUAACUCAGAGAAAUUAUGCUGGUAGUUGUGAUAAAGAUACUGUAAAGCCUAACAACUGUAAUUACAAUAGUUUGCUAAAUAUUUCAAAGUAUGACUCAAGUAAGGAAAAUUGUGAUAUUUCUGAAGAAACAUUUACAGAAUUACAUGAAGAUGAGGUUUUGUGUAAUUCACCACUGCCUAGCAAUGAAAGGACUGAUGUUGUAGAAGCCAGAGAUGUGGAUGAACUUGAUGAAGUAAUUGAUGAUUCAAUAAACAGGUUUGAGAAUUUUACAGUGGAUGUUGGUGUCUUAGCUACUCCAUCCAUUGCUGAAAAGUCCUGCCAGACAGAAUUAAUAGGAGAUGACUAUGUCAAAUGUAAAAGGUGUCUAGAAUUAGAUAACUGCAGAAGUGAACCAGCAAAAAAACCAAGAAUUGGUUUGAACGAAAUGCUUGAUUUACAAUAUGAAACUAGAAAUACAAAUUAUAGUUAUAUUGAUUCAAAAGAAUCCCAAACCCAAUUUAUAACUAGAGACUUGCCCAAUAUUAUAGAAAGGAAAUGUUACUCAGACCACGAUAUCACUAGUAGGAGUAACAUAUUGAUACCAAAUCAUUUGGAAGCAGUUCAGUUUACUAAUGUCUAUCCAUCUGUAAAUAAUGACAUACAAUUGAGAUUGAUUGAGGAUAUUCAAGGAUAUCACAGGGAGGGAACAGAUGAGAUAGAUGAAAUGGAGGAAGACGAGAACUACUUAUUUGAGGAAAAAAAGACAGAUCGUUCAAAUAAAGAUGAAUCAGAACAGGAAGUUCCUUCAAAUGCAACAUUCAACAAAGAAUAUCCUCCUCCACCUCCUCAUCCCUUUGUUACUCCUAAGAAACCAGUCCUUAGAGUUGGUCUUCCAAGAUCUGCUCGAUUCAAACCAUUACAUCCCAGAGUUUAAUGGCCUUUAUCCCAUGUUGUAGUAACUUACUGCAGAUCCAGAUGCCAUCAAGUGGAUUUCAUCUUGGAAACAUUUCGAGAAGCUGGCAGUAAACAAAUUUUUUAUAUUUCAGUUUUUAUAAUUUUUGUUUAGGUUAGCGUCUAAGUAAAUAGGUUUGUGUUCAUAAUUUGAAUAGGAGGAACAGAUUGAGGAAUUGAGGAGUAAUAUUUGUAGUAUUGUUAUUAGCCUACUUUGUAUGUUGUUAGUAGGAUGGUAGAAACAAUAUUUUGUAAUUUUUAAGGGAUAUUUUCUGUACAUCUUGCUCUGAGUUAGGGAUCCAAGCUGAAUCUUUGGCUACUUAUAGAAUUGCUGUAGUGUAGUUGUUAAGUACCGGUAUAGUAGAGGUUUAGAAAUACAUAUUUUGUUUGGUUUUGUUCAAAAAAACAUUAAACAUAUACAUUA